AUGGUAUCAGAGGUGGAUGCCGCCGAGGAGGACGAUUUAAUGCGAGCUCUGGCAGGAGGAGAGAAGGAGGCUCUCUCUGGAGAGCAACGGGUGACCCUCGAGGACGUCAUUGUUGCAGCCAAGGCCCUGGGGUUGGCCUUACCGUUGCGGGGUUGUGCUGGAUCCUGA